AGCAAAGAAAACACAAAGAUCUCCCAGACGAGGAAGCCGCUAACAUGACUGCUGUUAAAAGAAGACGUAGAAGUCUAUCUCCUGUGCCACCUUAUAUGAGUGAUUUGAGGAUUGUUCUGCUGGGGAAGAAUAUAACAGAAAACAACAGAGUGGGAAACUUCAUCUUAGGAAGAGCAGCGUUUGAGAGUGAAGCACCUGCUGAUGUAGAGCUGAACAUUGAGAAACACAGAGGAAAACUGAAGGACAGAGACGUCACAGUCAUCAACACUCCUCACCUGCUGAGGCCAAAUCUGUCAAACUCUCAGAUCACACAGGGAGUGAAAGAGUGUGUGAAUCUGUCUGCUCCUGGACCUCAUGUGAUCAUACUUGUACUGCAGCAGAACGACUUCAGUGACAAUAACAGACAUAGAGUGAAAUAUGUGCUGAAUGAAUUCAGUAAGGAGGCUCCUAUACACACUUUAGUGUUGACUGAUGAGAGAGAGAUAAACAGUAGCUGUAUUCAUCAAUUAAUAAAGGAGUGUGGAGGUGAACAUCUUCAGUUUGAUGAAAGAAAAUCAGGUUUACACUCUGAGAUACUUGAAAGAGUGGAGAAGAUACUCGAAAACCAAGACAAAUUUCUUAUCUCUGACUUGUGUGAGGAAGCAGGAGAAGAAACACCAGAAGAUGGAGAGAAGAGCAGAUCUGGAGGUUCAGUCACAGCAGAAGAAGAGGGAGAUUUUGAUCAUGAAGAUGAUGGAAAAAUCAAACAGAGAAACAAAGAGAAAAAGGAAGUCGCUGUCCAAAGGAAAACCUUGUUUAUGGCAUCCUCCAGUGGUCCAGGACUUAAUGAGGAGCUCCAGUGCUCCAUCUGUCUGGAAGUGUUCACUGAUCCAGUCACCACUCCAUGUGGACACAACUUCUGCAGAACCUGCCUGAGCAAGUGCUGGACGAACACACAGACCUGCUUCUGUCCGUUCUGUAAAGAAAGAUUCAGCAUAAGACCUGAUCUCAAGAUUAAUUCAAUACUCGUAAAGCUUGUGCAACACUUUAAUAAGCUUAAUCAAGAAUCUAAAGUGUUCUGUGACUUCUGUGCUGAAAGAAAGCAGAAAGCUGUGAAGUCCUGCCUGACGUGUCAAAGCUCUUACUGUGAUGAUCAUCUGGAGCUUCAUCUCAGAGUCCCACGUCUAAAGAAACACACACUGAUCAACGCUGUGGAAAAUCUGGAGGAUUAUAUAUGCCAGAAACACGAGAGACCUCUGGAGAUGUUCUGCAGAGAUGAUCAGACGUGUGUUUGUCUGUCCUGCACUGAAGGAGAACACAGGACUCACAACACUGUUCCUAUAGAGGAGGAGAGUCGAGAGAAGAAGACACAGACAGAUGUUCAUCAGAUGAUCCAGAAGAAAAUGAAGAUUCAAGAGAUCAAACACUCAGUAAAGCCGAGAAAAACUCUCGCCUCCAAUGACUGUUUCCUUACUUCAUCUCAAACCAUCCACUUUUCAAAUGGGAUGAUCAUUGGUCUGGGUGUCCUAUUGAUAGCAGCACUGAUCAUCUUGCCUACACAAUACACCCUGAAGAUGAUGGAGGAACAGCAGAAAGAAACUCAUCUCAAAGGAGCUGAAGAUCUCAUUAAAGAGCUGAAGCAGGAAAUCACUGAGCUGGAGAAGAGAAACACUGAGCUGGAGCAGCUCUCACACACUAAUGAUCAUCUCCACCUCAUACAGCUGUUCUCAUCCCUGUACAGCCUUUCACAGAACAAGAACUCUGAUGUGGACGAGAAAUCUCUGAAAAGAGCUCUGACUCUACUGAAUAAACAGAUAAAUGAAAAACUCCAUCAAACUGUGUUGACGUGGGUUCAGAAGUAUGCAGUGGAUGUGACUCUGGAUCCUGAUACGGCUUAUCCAUAUCUCAUCCUGUCUGAUGAUGGAAAACAAGUCAGUCAUGGAGAUAUUAAGCAGGACGUCCAUAGAUCUGAUGCACCUUGUGUUCUGGCAAAGCAGGGAUUCAGUUCAGGGAGAUUUUACUACGAGGUGCAGGUGAAGGGAAAGACUGAGUGGGAUUUAGGAGUGGCCAGAGAAUCCAUUAACAGGAAGGGGGGGAUCACACUGAGUCCUGAGGAUGGAGUCUGGAUACUUAUGCUGAGGAAUGGGAAUCAAUAUAAAGCUUGUGAAUAUCCACCUGUCUCUUUAUCUCUGAGAGUGAAACCUGAGAAGGUGGGAGUGUUUGUGGAUUAUGAGGAGGGUCUGGUCUCUUUUUAUGACGUGGACUCCAGAUCUCAUAUCUACUCUUUCUCUGGUCAUACUUUCACUGACAAACUCUAUCCAUAUUUCUAUCCAGGCCUUAAUGAUGAAGGUAAAAACUCAAAGCCACUGAUCAUCACACCUGUCAGCUGAAAUGAACAAAAAACAUCAAAUUUGUAAAGAUUCAAUAUGGAUGUGAUGUUUUUAGAAUAUGUAAAUAAAAACCAAAAAAUAAAUUUGCACAAUGAAGUAGAUUUUCCUUACAAAUAUAAAGAAAAUUAAAAUGUGACACAAGUGCAAAAAAGAAAUAUAUAUUCAGGCCCUUAGAAAAAAAAAUCAGUCACUGACAAAACAUGAACUAUAAUGAAAUAUUUGUGAGUUAUAUGGCCAAUUUGUUACACAUCUCUAUAUUUCUUUUGUCUUUCAUUAAUACUUUGAUUUUGUUGUGGAGAUGGCUCUAACAAGUAUGAACUGUACUGAAAAUUUCCUAUCAAAAGAACUAAUUCAUCAGGGGAAACCUAGAGUUGAUAUGGUCAAUUUGAUUACUCAAGGUUUGCAGAAAGAACAAGAUGAAAUCAAGAAGAAACAAGAGGAGGAAGAGAAGAAGAACCACGAGAGUGGAAGGGAUGAAGAUGGAUCCGAAGGCCAAAGAAAUGCUUAAAUUACUGAGACAACAGCAGAUAAUUAAUUUGAAGUUGAUCAUGCUUAUUAAACAAUCAUGUAUGUUGAAUACUUUUAUGUGUGACUUGGAACAGAUUACAAACGAGGUUGAAGCUUUGAAUACAAAAGCUUCAGCGCCGGUUGAGUCUGACUAUUAUAUGUAAAGGCCAAAAAGGUCAAAGUGGAAACUGGCCAAGAUGUAUGUUUUAUUUUUCAUUUUUAGAAGUGUUGAAGCAAGCUAACCACAAUAUACGUCUUGGGUGCUGAAAGGAGAAGUAUUAAGAGGAACUAUUGUCAACUAAGAUGUAUGCUUUUACCACAAGCUAACCAGUAUGUGUAUUUUUAAUGCAAGCUAUAUGCCUUUUUGCAGAACUAGAAUUGUUUAAGGAACAUCUAGUGUGAAAGUCGUGAAGGUCAAGUUAGUAAAAUGUGUUAAGAUGUGCUGCACGUGUGCAACCCGUGGAUGACCUCUGUAUCUUAUACUUUGACAAAUAAGGAGAUGUUUUAUGUCAGGAAAGAGGAUGUGAUCAGACUAUAUAUACUGGAAAUUGUACAACAGAAAAUUGCCACACCUCGGGUGAAGACUUUACUCGCUUUUAUGUUCUUUGUAAUUUUUAUUCUGUAUCUUGUUAUUAAACCGAAGCCAUUGUAUUUGGCGAUUCGUAAACUUUUCUAA